GGGCAAGCAGACCGUUGGUGGGCAUGUGGUGCAGAUGACUUUUCAUGCACUUUGUAGCUGUGGACCCCUAAUUAAAUGUCAUGGGUGUUCACCAUUAUCAUUGUUAAGAGAUUAUUGAGUCUAGAAAGAAUCCUUCCAAAUAAAAGGACCAUCUGUAAAGUCCUACUCAGUCCCCACAGAAUCAACUUUCCUUUCUGAGAGACGUUGCAUAUGUUCUUCAUUGGAUUCUAUGCACUAUCAGUAGCAUUAGGAUUAGACCAGUAGGUUGGACUCAGGGCCACUGAAAUAAACUUAUAUAGAAGCAUUGAGACUUUCAAUCAGUCAUUGCAGAGAGCCCCACAAAUAUUCAAAGUCUAGAGUUCUUUUUGUUCUUGGAAUAGACUCUUAGAGAGUUUGUUUUUGGGGGAGUGUGGAUUAAAUGGAUGUGUCAAUGGUGGGUUGGAGAAUGUGGGUUUUGCUCAACUUCACAGUUGGGCUACUCUUAGUUGGGUUUUGUGAAGGGUAUGUGAAUUCAAGCAGGCAGUUAAGUAGGCCCAGACACCCAUGGCAGGGUCCCAUUGGUACUCGUCAUAUUGUUGUAGACCAGACUGGGGUUGGGGACUUCCUCACUGUCCAAGCAGCCGCGGACUCUGUCAAAGAUGGCAAUAGAGAAAGAAUUAUCAUACAUAUCCAUCCUGGCUACUAUGUGGAGAAGGUGGUAGUUCCUGCAACUAAGCCCUACAUUACUUUUCAAGGGGCUGGAAAAGAAUUCACAGUGAUUGAAUGGCACAACAGAGCCUGUGACCUUGACCCAAAUGGGCAGCAGCUGCGUACAUAUCAUAGCGCUUCUGUCACUGUUAUGGCCAAUUAUUUUACUGCUAAGAACAUUAGCUUCAAGAAUACUGCCCCUGCACCAUUGCCUGGGAUGGAAGGAUGGCAAGCAGUGGCAUUCAGAAUAUCCGGAGACAAGGCCUACUUUUUGGGCUGUGGGUUCUAUGGUGCACAAGACACACUGUGCGAUGACGCAGGCCGCCAUUACUUCAAGGAGUGCUACAUUGAAGGAUCCAUAGACUUCAUUUUUGGCAAUGGCAGAUCCAUGUACGAGCAUUGCGAGCUGCAUUCAAUUGCCCAAGAAUUUGGAUCAGUGGCUGCUCAAGACAGGGAAAUACCCAACGAGAAAACUGGGUUUGCAUUUGUGCAUUGCAGAGUGACAGGGACUGGACCUCUCUACAUUGGACGCGCCAUGGGCCAGUACUCACGUAUUGUCUAUGCUUUCACUUACUUCGAUGACAUUGUUGCUCGUGUUGCCUGGGAUGACUGGGAUCAUCAGACAGCGAAGGACCGCACUGUGUUUUUUGGGGUGUACAAAUGCUACGGCCCUGGCGCUUCUGCUGCUCGUGGGGUUUCGUGGGCUCACGAGCUCACACCAGAACAAGCCAGGCCUUUUCUCGUUAAGAGUUUUGUCAAUGGAAGGCAUUGGAUUCAUGACACAUAGGCAUGAUGGAUUUGGGCCUUAAGGAUCUUCUCCAGAUGAUUUAUUUUAUCUAGGUUGUCUCUAUCAUGGUGAAUAUAUUGUCUAUAAUAAUGUAUGAUGCAUUGCCCCGAGUCAAAAGUAGCAAUUGUACUGUCUAGUGUAGUCCAUAUUCUUUGCUGUGGAGAGCUUGAAAAUGAGGAGUUCUGUACAGUGGAUCGAAAUUCUUUGCUGUGAUGUACUGUAACCAUUUAUUUAUUUGAAAUAAAAUAAUAUCGCUUUAUCCA